UGAGAGAAUAUCGAAGUAAACAAGUCCAUUUACAACAUAUUUAUACCGUUAUGGCAGCACCAGGUCAAAGCUAUAAUGUACCUCAAGGCCAGUAUCCUCCAAAUUAUUAUCCUCCUCAACAACCUGGAUAUUAUCAGCAACCGCCUCCGGGGCAGUACCUUCAAGCUCCAACUCAAGCCUACUAUCAGGUAAGGAGAGAAUUCUUGGAUAUUAAAUACAGCUUAUUCACUAAACGUUUUAAGUUCGUAGAGAAACGAAGAUUUAUUUUUUUAUCUUUUUUCGAUCAGACUAAUUCUUAAAGGAAAGUCCGGGCCAAGCAAGAUCAGGCUAGGCCAGGAGCAUUCGAAUUCAAAGUUUUGGUCUCGUUUGGCUUCGAACUCUCAUGGUCUCUCUCCCAACUCUUACUCGAACCAGUUACGUUCAGAGUCUUUGUUAGAAUUGUGGAUAGUUUGUUUUGCCGUUUUUUCUGAACGGUAAAUUUGUGUUGUCGUUGUUUGUAAUGAUGCGCAAAUCAGUCAAUAGUAAAGUGAUCAACGUUGUCUGAUGACCCAGUGAGAUCCCGGCAGUGAGAGCUGGUAGGCAGCUGGAUUCAAUUGUCUUAGGGACUUGUCAGAAAGUAGCAGGAGGGAAGGGGGUGGAAACAGAGGGAGGGUCACAACUUUUUGAGACUGCAGGAAAGGGAGGGUUCAUGCAAAAUGGGCCAUUAAAAGGGGGAGGGUCAUGCAAAUAUGUGUCCGUGAUCAUGAAGUUCAAUAUUAAACUGGUUCAUUAUGCUUUGCGAGCAUAUCAAGGCAUUUUCAGUCUUUGCUUCUGUCGUGUAUAAAACGUUUUACUGUAGCCUGCGAAAACAUCCGUUUCUCCUCGCUCUUCGCCGCUGGGGACGUUUUGCUUGGAGGAACCUCUGUGACUCAGCGACAGAAACUCCAUACUGAUGAUGCAAAUCAAUGUUUACAUUAUAAAUCCAGUAGUCAUGGGGUUCCAAAUAUAAAUUUGACCAAUUUUACGUGUCUUCUGGUCGAUUUUGGUGGAGUGUUGUGUUCAUCUGCCACGAGCUCCAGCAAAACUCAAAUGCUUCUUUAAGAGAAGACUAUAUUCCACAAAUAUUGGCUGUUUUGUUUGAGAUUCUUCGCAUUUAGAUUUAACCUUUGUGGUCUCUUGUCUUUUGUCUGUCAUUCGUAAACAAUAGCUAAAACAAUGUAACUACUCCAUUGACCAAUAAGCGCUUCUGACCGGAUUCCGGACAGAUUUUACGUCAUCAGUAUGGAAUUUCUGUCGCUGAGUCGCAGACGUUCCUCCGCGCGAAACGUCCCCAACGGUGAAGAGCGAGGAGAAACGAAUGUUCUUGCAGGCUAGUUUUACUGCCAAGGGGAGAACAAACCUUGUCACACAUUCCAGAAAAGCUCUUAAUAACUAAGCUUAAAUAAAUACAACAAAGCCUGGCCAAAACACUGAAUUUAUUUACCGUAGAGUUCCAGGAGUUACGUCAAAUAUUCUGAGAAAUGUAUCGCUACAAUUCACGAGAAUUUUUUAACUUGCUUGCGUAAAAUGUGGCUUGUGACACAAAACAGGAUUUCUCCGCCUUUAGUUUUACCGACAGUCAACUGUUCUAGAGGUUUCCCUUUGGAGUGUACCAGUAAUUCUGAAUUGAUUGGCUGCGACCAAAAGGGCCUUGAUUCGAGGGCCAUGAAAUCGAGGCAAUUUUGGUGAUCUACCUACAUACAUACAAACAAAUCAAAAAAUUCUCAAAUGAAGCUGGCUUUGGGCACAGACAACCCAGGCUGGUCAUGCAGAUUGCCUUAAUUAGUCUGCUGCAGACUUCGCAGCAAAUAUGACAUGAUAUCUGAGUGGGGGGUGGGGGGGGGACAGAAGGGAGUUUGUGUAGAGGUGUGUUCCCAAGGCCUUCAUACCCUGACCGCCUUUAAGACUUGUUCAUUGUUUGCUAACUUGUUUAAGACAUGAGACUUAAUUUUUUUCAUUUUGUUGCAUACGUGGUUAAGUCAUAUUUUAAAAUUAACAUCUUGGAAUUGAAGUCCUUUUGACUAUUGGUCAUUGGUACCAUACAUGUAGACUGCUUUUCACCAAACUUCACACUUUCCCAGUCCAAAAACACAGCCGUUCAAGAUGCAAGUUGAAUUGUGGACCAAGUUGGGUUCCGCAUACAGUCACUUCUAUAGCAUAGAUACCUCUUAUUAGUGAUAUGCAGCUAUAAGUGCCAGUUUCAUGAGGGGGACAUGGGGGUUUACGGUAUUGCGGUAUUGGGCUUUUUUUCAUGCGGUAUUUCGGUAAUUUUAAUUUUAACGUGCGGUAUUGCAGUAUCAUCUAGCUCUGCGGUAUGCGGUUUUUCAUCAUUUUGGCUGACGGUAUUCGGUGAAAAAAGAUUGUUCACGGUAUUACGGUACCGUUUAUUUGCGCUUUCCUUUCGAUACAAUACGCAAAACAAAACACAGUAAGACAUAAAGGUCAAUAAAAGUUAAUAUUUAGAAGUCUUGAGACAUAACGGUAAAUGAUUACACCAUUUGUGGGUCAUUUUGUGACAGUUAAGGGACGGACCAUUAGAAAACUUAUGGGGGGGGGCGGGCGAAGUACAAAAACAAAAAUUCGCGCAAGCGAAAAUUAAAUGAAAAAAAUUCUUGCACGCCAAUUAAUCCUAAAAAAUAUUCAUGCUAUAGUCUAAAAAAAAUUCAUACAAGGAAUUUGAUGAUGAAAAAAAAUUCCUGCGGUUCGAAAAUUCCCCCAUAACUUUUCUAAUGGUCCGUCCCUAAUGGUCGAUAAUAUACAAUGUGAUUGUUGUUGCAUCCAAUGAUAAUGAGUCGUCUCAAGUUACCUUACCAGGCUUGUCGAUCUGUUUACCUGUGCCGGUAAUUCGAGGUCUUAAACGUUUUCUCACAAUGUCUGAGGUCGCUGAGGUUGAAGACGGCGUGGUCAUCAUUGAAUGUGUAGCAAUUUUAUAUGAAGAGGGCGAAGGAGGCGAACAUUAUUGCAACAAGAAUAAGUUUAGAUGUUGGGUUUCGAGAAUUGAAAAACGCCUUGUAAAGUUAAAAGCGAAAAUUUGGUAAGUUUGCCUCUUAACAGCGCGGCGUCAUCCUUGGAGACCCAGGGGCAGAUAAAGGGGCGAGGGAAAGUCUAAACGGGCGGAAAAAUAUAUAUGGAAAGAAGAAAAGUAAAGAACGGCGAGAGAAGAGCCCCUGGGACAAUGGGCGCGAUCCAUUCAACCAAAAUUCCAACCGGUCCGACCGGGAAAAGUGGACCACCUCAAAAGGUGGACCCGUUUUUUCGAAACUUUUCCGGUUGGACCGAACCGACCCAUUGAGUUUUGGACCGAAAUUUCCGAAGAUUUUGGUUGAAUGGAUCGCGCCCAAUGUCUUUCAGACCAGUUCCAAACGGUCGCUGCCGUUCUGGCUUCUGAUUGGUGCCAGAAAACUUGUGUUUUUCUGGCACCAAUCAGAAGCCAAAACGGCGACGACCGUUUGGAACUGGUCUGGUAAGACAUUGUCCCCAGGGGCUCUUCUCGCCGUUCUUUACUUUUCUUCGUUCCAUAUAUAAAUUAGACAAUGUCAAUCAUUGAACAUUUUUGAAGUUUUACUAAAGACACAUCUUUUUAAAUUAGCUUUUUAUUAGUUCUUUUAUUAACUCAUAUUUUACUUUUUAUUGUUUUCCGAAAAUUGUAAAUUAUUAUUAUUAUUAUUAUCAUUAUUUGGAUUAGCCAUUUAUUACUUUAGGAUUUUAGUGUUGUAAUGCGCAUUCGAUCAUAUCUUUAUCGCAUGCUAGACUGCGCAAAAUAAGAAAUAAACAUUAUUAUUAUUUAUUGUAUAUUUUUCCGCCCGUUUAGACUUUCCCUCGUCCCCACUAUCUGCCCCUGGGUCUCCGAGGAUAGCGCGGCGUGUGAUCUGACCCCUGAGAGACUGACGUGCUAGACUAGACUCACUUUAUAUCAAAACUCGCACUAGACGUGCGUGGAAAGGGUUUUGGUUGGUUUGUUUUUCGCGCUUUCAAGAGUUAUUUUUAUUGGAGUUAAUUAGCUGUUGGGUCGAAAUACCAAAAGGCUGAACGAAUGUAGUUUACUUUUCAGUGAAAAUUUGCGGAAAAUUGCGAACUACUAAAAUAUUAAAAAAAAACAUGGACAUCUGGUGCAUAAAUGCCUGAGAUAAUUAAACGCGCUAGAUGGAAGCAACCAUAAGUAUGCGCAACCGAUUAUAAAUGUGAUUAAAAUUUACGGUAUCGGUAUUUAGACGAUUUUCGACGCGGUAUUUCGGUAUUUGCCAUUUUUUCUUACAGUAUUGCGGUAUUGGGUACCCCCCAAUGUCCCCCUCUUUCAUUGGUGUCUGUAUAUAAGAAAGCUGUGCACAGUUCAUGAAAUUCUUGUUGAUUCCUUUCAGCCAGGAUAUGCAGGUCCUGGAUAUGUUGCAGGUCAGUCAACAGUUAUUACACAACAGCCCAUGGUAUUGCCACAACCAAUCAUUCUUAAACAGCUGCCUGUUAACAUGCGCUGUCCUCAUUGUGGUGCUACUAUCAUCACCAAGAUAGAUCAUCGUGUUGGCAACACUACCUUUAUCUACUGCUGUAUGCUUUCCAUGUUUGGGUGAGAAUGUCACAUAUAUUAUUAUGACGUUGUUUUUCAGUUCAAUGCUUUUUUCAUCUUUUUCGUUGUUUUAAAAUCGAUAUCAAACAUUUUCAUGCACAAAAUUUUGUUUGCUAGAGUUUCACUGGCCAGAGCUACAUGUUUAUUGAACAAAAUAUAUAAAAAAAAUGUUUAUUAUGAAAUUUCUCUUGUAUCUUUUCAGUUGUUGUUGCAUUCCAUUUCUCACUGACUGUGCAAAGGAUGUGUCACACCAGUGUCCAAAUUGUAAGAGGGAGCUGGGUGUCUUCAGGCGUCCUCUUAUUGAGUCUGGUGGAGGAGGAGGAAGUCGCCCUAAGUAUGACAGUGCAUUUGCUAGUGGUCCAGCAGAUAGUUAUGUACCACCAACAGAAACCCUCUCAGGAGGUGGUGGGGGUGGUGGAGGUGAUGGUGAUGGUGACUGAAAAAUGUAGUUUUUUAAGCUGUGUUGAGGGCG